ACAAGUGACACCGAUAAUAAUGUCGUUAAGAUGCAUUGUCCCAGCAAAAUGGAAGCAUAAUAUCUACAAACUAUACUCAACUCAGCCACCUCAAAUAAUUUCUACAAAUAUUUACAUAAAUAAGUUGGUGAAGAGCGGGCAGUUAUACAUCGCGCGGAAUAUGUUCGAUGAAAUGCCUAAAAGAACCGUUGUGUCAUGGAACACCAUGAUUUCGGGUUACUCAAAGUGGUGGAAAUUCAAUGAAGCCCUUGCUUUACUUUCAUCCAUGCAUCGGAGUGAUGGUGUAAAGUUUAAUGAGUCCACUUUUUCCACCGCACUAAGCUUAUGUGGUCGCCUGCAAUCUUUAAGCCUCGGGAAACAGCUUCAUUGUGUGGUUAUUAAAUCUGGGUGUGAGAGUUUUGAGCUUGUUGGAAGUUCUUUGUUGUAUUCUUAUGCGAAUUGUUUCGAGAUCGAAGAAGCGAAGCGAGUUUUCCACGAAUUGCAUGAUAAAAAUGAGUUGUUGUGGAAUUUGAUGAUUGUGGGUUAUGUUGAGUGUGGCUUGAUGAGGGAGGCUCUCGAUACGUUCAUGAAGAUGCCGAAAAGGGAUGUUGUGGCUUGGACUACUUUGAUUUCGGGAUAUGUGAAGAGCGAAGAGGGAUGCGAGAAGGCUUUGGAGUUGUUUUGGUGGAUGAGAGGGAGUAGUGAGGUGAUGCCUAAUGAAUUCACGUUGGAUUCUGUUAUAAGGGCUUGUAGCAGGUUAGGUGAUUUAUGUGAAGGGAGGCUUGUUCACGGGAUUUUGAUCAAAUAUGGAUUUGAAUUUGAUCAAUUAAUUGGUGGUGCACUGAUUGAAUUUUAUUCUGAUUGUGAAGCUAUUGCUGAUGCUAAGAGAAUCUAUGAUGGAGAAACAAAUCCGUGUUUGAGUGCUUCAAACUCACUUAUUAGAGGGCUUUUAUCAAUGGGUAAGAUUGAAGAUGCUGAACUGGUUUUCAAUAGACUAGUUGAGACAAAUUUGGUUUCUUAUAACCUGAUGAUUAAAGGAUAUGCUGCUUGCAGUCGAGUUGAAGACUCGAAACAAUUAUUUGAAGAGAUAUCUGAAAGAACAAUAGUUUCUACUAACACCAUGAUUUCUGUAUAUUCCAGAAGUGGGGAAAUUGAUAAAGCUUUGAAGCUGUUUGAAGAAACACAGGGCAAAAGAAACUCUGUGACGUGGAACUCAAUGAUGUCUGGUUAUAUUCAAAAUGAGCAAUACAAAGAGGCUCUAAUGCUGUACCUGAAUAUGUGCAGAUUACAAAUAGCGUGUACAAGGUCGACAUUCUCAGUUCUCUUUCAUGCAUGUUCAUGUCUGAGAUCUCUUCAACAAGGACAAUUACUUCAUGCACACUUGAUCAAAACACCAUUCCAAUCUAACGUUUAUGUUGGAACAUCCCUCGUAGAUAUGUACUCGAAAUGUGGCAGCAUCAUUGAUGCUCACAAAUCAUUUUCCAGCAUCUCUUCACUUAAUGUGGCAGCAUGGACAGCUAUUAUUAAUGGGUAUGCACACCAUGGGCUUGGCUCUCAAGCUAUCUCACUCUUUGAGCAUAUGUUGGAGAAAGGUGUGGUCCCUAAUGGUGCUACUUUUGUUGGAAUUCUGUCUGCCUGUGCGCAUGCUGGUCUGGUAAAUGAAGGAAUGAAAUUGUUCAGGUUGAUGGAAAAUUGCUACGGUGUGGUCCCAACUAUAGAACACUAUGCAUGUAUGGUUGAUCUUCUUGGUCGGGCAGGUCUUCUGCAAGAAGCGGAGGAGUUCAUUAAAAAGAUGCCAGUUGAAGCCGAUGAGGUUAUUUGGGGAGCUUUACUCCAUUCUUGUUGGUACUGGAUGGACAUGGAAGUCGGUGAGAGGGUAGCAGAAAAGCUGUUCAGUAUGAAUCCAAAGACUAUAUCUGUAUAUGUGAUUCUAUCAAAUGUAUAUGCAAUACUUGGGAAAUGGGGUGAAAAGUUGGAGGUGAGGCAGAAGUUGAGGGACAUGGAAAUGAAAAAGAAACCAGGCUGUAGUUGGAUUGAGCUAGACAACAGACUCUUCGUGUUUUCUAUAGAGGAUAGGAGCCAUCCAUGCUGUAACAUGAUUUAUGCAACCUUACAGCACCUGACAACAAAUUUAAACUCUUUUCAUUUCACUUCGUUUUGAUUGCAAGAGAUUUUGCUAUUUACUAUACU